AUGAUGCACGGCGGCAAGAUCAAAACCAGUAAAUCUGGAAAAGGCAAGGGAUCCGCUGAAACAGCUCCCCUGUUCCUUCGAAAGACAUAUCACAUGAUCGACUCCUGUGAUCCAUCAGUUGGUGGUUGGUGCGAAGAUGGCCUAACUUUUCUGGUCAAAGACACCGAACUUUUCGCUGCGACGAUUAUCCCACAGUUUUUCAAGCACUCAAACUGGUCUUCCUUUGUACGGCAGUUGAAUUUUUAUGGCUUUCGCAAGAUAAAGACCGACCCUCUUCGUAUUCGAGACGCUGUCAAUGAUCUUGAAUCAAAGUUUUGGAGCUUCCGCCAUGAAAACUUCCAACGGGGAAGACCAGAUCUUCUCUUGGAAAUCAAAAAGUCCAACCAUGUUGAAGCUGCUUGCAAGCAAGAGGUGGAGGCGUUGAAGAAAGAAGUUGACGACCUCAAGGCAACUGUUGUCACAAUGAAUCAGGAGAUGGAAAAGAUGGCAGCCUUGGUUGCCACUGUGUUGCAGCAGCAACAGAAGCGCCACACGCCACCUAUGGCACCAAGUGCAGACCACAACAAGAGGAGACGCAUGAACCCUGAGGAAUAUGGUUUUGUGACCCGUCCCUUGAAUACCGUGUCAUCGGGCUUGACAGCUCUUCAGAAAGCCGCGUCUGUGGAAAGAGAUCUGUUUGGUGGAAACGUCACUUUCAAUCCGAUCAGUCUUGAUUCCAAGUCAAGCAGCAGCAGAGGCAAUCUUGGUUUGAACCCUUCCAUACCAUCGUUUACUUCCACGGACGAACAGAUUCUGGGCUCCCUCUUUGCUCUGGAGUCGACGGACAACGUCAGGACAAUCCGGGAACCUACUCGAAAGCCCCAGCAGAACUUUCAAUUCCCGGUUACUCGACGCGGUAGCGACACAGAUCCAGGAGCCCCUGACGAUGCAUUGAUGAAGAAACUCCGUACUUCCAUUGCCGUCCUCCCCAAGAACCUCCAAGAGAUGUUUGUUGAUCGUAUUGUUACUUUCAUGACGAACCCAGAGAGCUUUCGAAGACAAGUCGAUGCAGUAUCGGCCUUGGCCAAUGCUGCGGCCAUCGAGGCCACGAAGCACGUUGGCAGCAACGACUUGAGUGCUGAGCAAUCCAAUGUAUUGGGGUCUGCCGUGUUGGGGGCCGGGUUGGCCAAGUACGGAGUCGCUGAUCAAUUGGCAAGAACGCAAAACGCAACAAUGCCUUCGCAGAUGCCUCAACCUCAUCAAUUGGCCAUAAUGCAAAACACCACCAUGCGCUCUCAGCCGCAGCAGCCACAGAUUGCGUCUGUUCUAAAUAGGGGCCAUUCAUUGUAG